AUGUCCCGCGCAUUCGUCAGGUCCCUCCGCCUCGCCCGCACCGUCCAGCGCGCGUCGGCGAGGGUGGUCCCGUGGGCUGUCCCCCGCUACGCCUCUGGCCCGGAUCCGAUCUCGUCCUCCGACUCCAAGCUGCAGCACGCCCAGAGCCUGCUCGAGGACGGCACCCACGCCCUUGAGCAGGGCGACGUGCAGAAGGCCAAGGACCUGUACGAGCAGAGCGCUGCCGCGCUCCCGACGAGCGGCGCCUUCUUCAACCUCGGCGUGUGCGAGUACCAGCUGCGUGAGUCGAGCAUCAAGCUCGAGCCGAGUGCCGACGCCUACACCAACCUCGGCUCGGCGUACAUGAUGAGCCAGCCGCCGAACGCGCCAGAGGCGAUCAAGGCGCUGACGGCUGCGCUCGAGAUUGCCCCGGAGGACCCCGAGAUCCAGUACAACCUCGCGGCGAUCCUGGAAGCCACGAACUCCCUGGAGCAGGCGCUGGCACUGUACAAGAAGGCUCACUCUGGCGGCAUCGAGCGCGCCGCGACCAACGUGCGCAACGUCGGGGCCAAGAUCCUCGCGCAGCGCAUGAAGGAGGAGGAGCAGAAGAAGUAG